AUGAGGGACUGCGGAGGGUCGCUUGUGACGGUGAGGACGGGGCUGGUGGCGGGGCUGGUGGCGGGGCUGGCGGUCGGGGCCGGCGUCUGCUGCUACUGUGUUUACCUUGCGGCCAGCAGGAGAAGGGGAACCGGGGCAAAGCGGGGAAAUGUUCGUCGACGGGACGAAGCGCCCCCCGUCUCUGGUGGGGAGGAGGAGGAGGAGCACCACCCGGCGGCCGCCCCCAGGGGCCCUUUGCUGCAGAAAGUGUCUGCCAUGCCCGUGAUUUCCAGCUCCGGCCGGAAGGGGUCGGAAAACCUUCGGCAAGAAGGCGUGGAUCUUCCAAAACCAUCCCAUGAUCUGGAGGCACACCAUAUACAGAAUCUUAUUCGUUUACUUGACUCUACGAAGGACCCAACAAUUCAGGAGCAAGCCUUGGUUACAUUGAGCAACAGUGCUGCAUUCUCUGCAAAUCAGGAUAUCAUUCGAAAUUUAGGCGGGCUUAUCGUUGUUGGAAAAAUGCUUUCAGUUCCUGACACUAAAGUUAAAGAAAAAGCACUGAAUGCACUUAACAACUUGAGUAUGAAUAUUAAAAAUCAAGAAAAGAUGAAGAUAUAUAUUACCAUAGUUUGUGAGGAGACAGAUUCAUCUCCCUUGAACUCUGAACUUCAGCUAGCUGGGCUUCGAUUUUUAACCAAUAUGUCUGUUACCAAUGACUAUCAUUACAUGAUGACAAGCUCCAUACCAUGCUUUGUUCAUACGCUUAUGGAAGGAAAUGAAAGAACACAGGUUCAGGUUCUAAAAGUGCUUGUGAAUUUAUCAGCCAACCCAGCUAUGACGGAACAUCUCCUUAAUGCUCAGGCACCCUUCUUACUAUCCCUGUUUGACACCUGCAUAAACAAAGAAGUUUUGCUCAGAGUCCUAGUGUUUGCCACAAACUUAACAAAACUUACGCAAAAGGACAAGCGCAUUACUGUCCUUCAUCAUAGUGAAGGUUCAAUUUUUUCUGUACUCUGGGGUAAUACUACAGAGUGUGCUCAGAAACUAACAUCUUUAUUGUACCAUCAUGACACAGAAGUAAAAGAACAAGUGGCAGAACUGAUAAUGCAGCGGUGCUGAAACUGGGAAUUGUUAAAGCCUCCAUUCAAAAUCAAAUUCCAGAUGCAAAAGCCUAAGCAGAUGCUUGUGAAUGUAGGACGCACAAUAUAUAUGUAGACCUACAUGUUCAUGGAACAGAAAGAAAAGUAGUAGAACUUCUUGCAUGUAUGAAACUACUUUCAACCUCGAUGGAAAAGAAUUACAUGGUAGAAUUCACAUGGAGCUGUAGAUCAGUACUGCUAAUUUAUGUUGCUAAAUGCAAUUUGUGUAGAGCUAAUUUCUGUAGAAAUGCUUCAGCCAUAACUUUGCAUGUUUUGAUUUAAAGCUCUCCCUGUGUCUCAAGAGUCCAACUGACUUCAAAUAGGAGUUAGGCAUUUUGUGUUGCUGUUUUCAUCCUUGCUACUUUUCAGGCCUCAGACUUUUUUUAAAAAAAUGCUGACAUUUAAGUCAUUUAAUUAUUUUCAGUCCAGACAAUUAAUUAUUUUAAAGAUGAGCCAGCUAUUCUUAUAACUAUUUUGUGGUGUCUUAUGUUUUAUUCAGUUUGUAUAUUUUUGUACAGUACAUUGCCUUGAUAGUAUGAAUAGUUUAAUUGAUCUUGAUCUAUCUAUCUUCUUAGGGCUGAGAAAACCUGAUGCUAGAAUAUUUUGGCUAUAUUCCAGAGCUGUAUGUGAGUUCCAUAUGUAAAUAUGGAGAAAACUCCAUAUAAGGGUAGAGCUACCUCCUCUAUUGAAAUGUAUGAGGAACAGCUUGUGUAUAGCAAGCUGCAAGGGUGCAACAGGUAUAACAGUAUUUACUAUGAGCAUACAGUUGCUGUCUCCCAUACCGUUUUUAUAUACCAGUACAAUAAGUAUUAAGAUAAUCAGACUGUGCUUUUUUAUCUACAACUUUUAACUUUAAGCUCUCUAAAAAGAUAGCUUGUAAUUAUGCACACAAAAAUUAAAUUUACACCUCUGGAAGGAAUUUAUUUUUGUUUUGUAAAGAUGGUCAGAUUUAUGUAUGGUUGAGUUUAUACUUGGGGUAGAAACCUUGCAGCUUGAUUAUGACAGAUUUCAUUAGUCACAAGAGGAUGUUGCUGUCCUGUAUCUUACAGAUGAACUUAAGUCCUCCAACAAGUGAGCUGUGAACAUCAGGGUACCCAAAGCCAUAAUUCAUUGCAUUUGUGUUUUAGUAGCUCAAACCCAUACAGCUGAAUAAAAUGUAAAGUAGCAAUUAAACAAAAAAAGUAUUAUGUUUCAAAUGCAGUGCCAUAGUACUCUUCCAUUGGUAUUAAAAGAGACUAGAUUUCACAGCAAACACAAUUGUGUAGUGAUGUAAAGCUGCAAAUAGUAUGUUGAAUAUUAUUCUUUAGCUGGAGAUAAAUCCUACUAAAGAAAAAUUGGGAGAGAAAAAGGAGUGUACUUAAAUUAAAUAUUAUUAUUUCUUAUUGCGAGUCUAAGUCAUAUUAACAUAACAUACUCAGAAAGUAUUAUUCAAUAAUAUGACUACUUCUGAGCAAGAGAAAUCUUUAUUUUGUAAAUUAGUUUUACUAGUUUGACACAUGUAUAAUUGGCCAUUUUUUACAAUGUUGAACAAAUUAAUAAUAUCAUGCUUUUAAGAUUUCAUAAGCAAUUUGUAUGUUUUCCCACAUCAUUCUGACAAACCAAUUCAUUUGAAACCCACAGUUGGCAGCAGGGAGCAAGAACAAACAAAACAAGCUGAAUAAAGAUUUCAGAGAACAAACUGUUCCAGUUACAUGCAGCUUGCUUAUUCUCAAAACAAGAAGUGUUCAGGCUUAUGCUAGAACAAUUUCACAGUGACAACACAAUGCAAAGUGUACAGAGAUUCUGGCCAGCAGCAACAUAAAUAGGCAUAUAUAUUUUUGUAGUUAGAACUCUUUGAAAAGGCACAUUUUAUAAUUUCAAAACUUGGCUCUUACAUUUGCAAUUGGAAAUGUACAAGCAUUCAGUAAAGUCAGUGUUUUGUUCAAAAUGUGCUUUUAGCAACUAGUUGUGUUGGAAGACACCAUCAAAAAUCCUCUUAAUUUCCAACAGCUACGAAGGCACAGAGCACAUUCUCUAAGUGAUCACUGCUCAAGGGAGAUAAUGGGCUGGGACUAUUCACACUAAUGCUGCAAUACUCAAAACAUUUUCCAUGUGGCUGCUGUAUUGGUUGUAAAACUCAAUACCACUUCUAUCAGGGUACUUUCAGGAUCUUUGCAGCGCAAUCCAACAUUUUAUACCAAGUGGGCUGCAAGAGUACUUUGACACAGAACCUGCAGGCCACACACCUUACCUUAUUGCACAGGCCAAAAUUUGGUCCCUGUCACCCCCAAAUAAGAUAGGUGCAGGGCUUUGGGAAGGAGGCAUGAGGCCCUGACAGGGUCCUAGAACUACCACCUUCUUCCCAAAGCUGGGAAAGAGUUAAUUGUGCUUUGGGAAGGAGGGGGGGGGAUUCUGGGACCCUGUUAGAGCUCUCACGCCUCCUUCCCAAAGCCCAGUGCAUCACUUACCUGGCUUUGGGAAGGCAGUACAAGCAUAGCUGCCAAGUUAUCCCCUUUUUAAAGGGAAAUUCCAUUAUGCUGAAUAGGCUUCCUCGCGAGAAAAGGAAAAACUUGGCAGCUAUGAGUACAAGGGCUUCAGAGGGGAGUAUCAGAUAUCGCUGAGGGCCACUAAAAAGGCCUCAAGGGACACAUGCAGCCCUCGGGAUGCAUGCUGGACUGCCCUGAACUAGGUCAUUUCAGAUUUUAGCCUAAUCCAAACAAACAAACAAACAAACAAACCCCAAGCCCUUUCUGAUGUCAAACAAUAAUAGCUAAGGCUGUGUUCCUAAUCCCGCUUAUGAGGAAGGAAGUCCCAUUGAAUUUAAUAGGACUUGAUUCUGAGUAGACAUGGCUAGGAUUCUGUUAUAAAAUACGCAAUCUGAAACAUGCAUACCAGAAAGGAAGUUCUAUCACUGCAGGCUUAGCAUCUGAGUAAGGAUGCUCAAGACUAGAAAGCCUGAAGGCCAUUGCCAUGGGAGAUUUUACUAUAACAGACCUGUAGUCAAAUGCGUUCAGAAACCAAUUUCUAUACAUAAUCACUUUAUCCAACAGAAGGUUACAGUCUCUGUGCUCCAAAUAUUCUUGGGUAUGUAGGGCUUGUUUUUCAGUGUAAUCCCCCACUUUUUAAACUGUAAAUCCGAUUUUUUAAAAGGGAGGGUUAAAGCAUUUAGCAGUUCAGUGAGGGAGGGAGGGCUGCUGUGUCAAGGAAGCCUUGAGUUCACAGGUCCUCUUGGGUCUUAUGGAUUGUGGCCUAGUUAAUCUCUAGCAGGUGACCUGCACUGGUUUUAAAGAGGUGAAAUUACUUCACAGGCAAUGUAAUUAACUCCUUAUGUACACAGCAUGUGCAGCUAAGUUAAUGCUAUCAAGUGCUAUUUCAUUCAUUCAUUUAUUAAAAACUUGCAAUUUUAUAAGGCUGGUAUGCAAACUCCUGAAAUCUUAAAAAUCCUGUUCAAAAUUUUACAAAAAGGUAUCAACCUUAAUUGCUUCCCCCACCCCCAUAUACAAUUUUUAAGAAAUUGAUUUAUUUUUUCCAUUUUUAUUCAAAUCCAUCCUCAUUAAUAUUUAAGUCUCGUGAUUCACCAUGCUUUAAGACAAAGAAAUCUUCCGUUUUCAAUCCGUAUCUGUCUAGAGCUUCCAUCAGUUUAGCAGGAGGAUCCAAGUAAUACUGUGGAGAAAACAAGCAGUCAGGACUGGAUAAGCCUGUUGUGAAACAGCUUCACAUGUAUGACUACUUUAGUCUUGCAAAUUUAAGGGGGAUUCUGGUUCCACUGAAAUCCAAUAAGACUUCCCCCCCUGCUGAAGUCCUUGUUAAGCUCUGAAUGGGGUUACUCCCUUGAAGCAUACCUUGUAUUUGUGGCAACAAGUGUUAUUGAACUGAUCCUGCUAUUUCAGGAUGAAUCAACUGCUCUGGGCAGCUGUGGUAACUUGUCGAGACAGAGCACUCUGGGACCGCACACUGCUCCCAAAGGCUAUGUUUUCCAUGAAUAAACUUCUUAGAUAUUACAACUGUUCAUGAGAGCAGUUGUUUGCACAUAUCAGAACCAAUUUGUAACCUCGGUUCUUGCCGGUGAAUGAUCACAUGCAAUGGAUUGUGAGCACAAUAUUUCCAGUUAAGUUUAUGGGAAAGUACUGUAUGAAGUUCUCAUCAAAGGCAGAUA